GAAUGACGAAGUGCUCUUUCGCAUGUCUUCACAUGACAUAAGAGAGAAAUUUUACAGAGAGAGAGAGAGAGAGAGAGCUUACAAAUUUCAUUUUUGAGAGAGAGAGAGAGAGACAGAGUAGACAGUAGACGGUAGAGAGAGAGUUUACAAAUUUCAUUUUUCAGACAGAGAGAUCACAUCCUCCAUUGAAACUUGGACCUUUUUAUUCCGGAUUUUGGGCGAAAUCAUCCGAAAGCUUCAUGCUUUAGAGUUAGAGAUUCACAGUUCAAUCAUAUUGCGUUCCCUUAAAUGGAAGAACCCGCAGAACAUACACCAACCAAUAGGCGUGAAGCCCAUCAAAAGAAGAUCGAAUCUGAUUCCAUUCAGACAAUUUCUCGGUACACCCGGUCUCGGGCAGCACCAGAGUGGACCCUAACUGAAAUGCUUAUCCUUGUAAGGGAGGUGUGUUCGGCUGAGGAGGAGUGUUUGGGUCUCUCAGUUUACCAAAAAUGGAAGAUUGUAUCAGAGAAUUGUGGGGUUUUGGAUGUCAUGAGGUCAGCAAACCAGUGUCGAAGGCAGUGGGAAAUGAUGCUUUCGGAUUAUAAAAAGAUAAAAGAGUGGGAAUUGCAAUCUGGGAUUGGUUCCUUUUGGAAAGUUAAUGUUGACCAGAUGAAGGAGGUUGUUGGUGUCUUGUUCUUGUUUGAUCAGGAGUUGUAUGAUUUGAUCAAUGAGCUUCUCACGACUCGAGAGGCUGGACCUAAUUCAAGGGCAGAUAGUGGAUCUGAAGGCCUCAUCAACUUGGCUGACGAUGAUGGGGAUAAUGAAUUCAACUCAGUUCUGACUGCCCCUAAAGCAUUAAACAAAGCUGUGCGUGUUCGUUCAACAAAGAAACCGAAGACAACAAAGCCUCCUCCUCAGGCACGUAAGAUUGACAAGGAACAUGAGAUUGCUGAAAAGUUGCACGAAAACUCGCAAGCAAUACAAGAAAUAUUACAGAGAAGUCUUGCUGAAGAUCCCUGUGAGAAGUUUACUGAGGCUGAAAUAAAUCUAAAAAGGCAGCAAGCUGAUGAGCUAGUUAAGGCCUUUGGGGACCUUCUUGGGUCUUUGAACCAGUUUGUUGAACUUGUUGAACAAUGUGACUGAUGCCUCUUCAACUAGUAGUGCAAAUGGAAAAAGAAGGAAAUUCGGACGGACUAAAUUUUAUCAAAAGAGAAAAUUGAAAGAUGGGGCUUGCUAAAUUUUAUCGAAAGAGCCUAGUGAAAAAUUGAAUAAAUAAAUUUCAUCAGAAGAGAUGGAGACGGCAAAAUGAGAUUGGUCCUGCCUGCUGAUUAGCCAUAGAGGGGACUGUGUGGUUCUAAUUUCCUACCUGAGUGGCAAGGAGAAUUUAGCAUUGUUUCAACUUUUUGAUUGUAUUUCCUUUUCUGUUAAAGGGAAAAAAUUUUGAUGGGUGCAAAAGAACAAUCACCGCUUUCCGUAUUUUAGGGCCUUGGCAUU